AUGUCUGAAACAGAUUCGGAAACGCGCCUGCAAGUCAGCGAAGAAACAAUCGAGGAGAAGAAUUUCGAGAAAGUUCUUCAGCUGAUCCGCGAGGGCGCUGUCGAUGCCGCUGAAACAAGCGACUACUUAUCGUAUUCUACCUUGCUUGAUGUUCAACUUUCCGAGCCUUCACGCUACACAAUUGAUGAGAGGGAAGAGCUUUUGGCACAAUUGCUCGAGGCCCUUUCUUCCGACAGCCUGUUAGUUUAUGAAAUCGGCUGGGAUUUGCCCUCACUCCUCAUUCCGUUCAUCGAUUCUGAUGACGAGUUCAACACUGCAAUUAGAGAUAUUCCAUGCGUCUAUAAAGUGCUCAAACUCUUCGAAAUGCUUGCAAUUCAUGGAAAUGCGAAAGAGCUUUUCCUUAAGUCGAAUGAGUUGUUGGCGUCUGUGGAAUUGGAGAUCCGUGACAUGAAGUGGGAGGCUGCCACCAAAAUGUAUGAGGUGAAAGUGUACUGUCUCUUCGAGCUUAUCAUCAGCUGUUUGCGCAGAAUACACACUUUAUAUCCUUCCAGAUUCUUGAGUAUGACUGUUCUGAGCUUCAUCAAUGCGUUGUACUUGAAUCCGCCUUUCACCAUGGAAACCUUCCACUUCUCGUUGAGACGGAUGUAUGACUUUGCCCGCAACUACAAUAAGCCUCCGCUCCCAGAGUCCAUUGACGAAGAUGAGGAAACAUUGAAGAAAAUAAACGAUGACGAGGAAUACUUGCAGAGGAAACUCUUGACUGCCUUUAUCACAGAGGGAGUGAACUUGAUUUGCAAGCAAGAAACCAUUGGUCUUUCAGCAGAUUUUUUCAAGGGUCUUCAGGACCAACUGUCCUCGGAUAUACGAUACACAAGUGCUCACACUCUCAAACAGCCGUCUAUUGACAGGAUUCUUCUGUUGACUGAAUCCUUCGAUAUGGAUUUGAGAAAGGCUUUUGUUGACCUCAUAAGCACCACUGACUCCUUAAUCUCAUUCCCAACUGCUUCUACCCCUGAUGAUGCUUACAGAAACGAGCUUUUUGAAAAGUUAACGGUGGAUUUCCAAAAGAACUUCGCAAGCUCCAUCCUCGGUGGUGAUUCCAACGUUGUCACUGACUCUAUCAAUGGAUGUGCUACCCUUUUCUCAUAUAAAAUUGCGACUACUCAGGACUAUGACCUGAUCCAGAUUUCAAUCGAGCAAGCGAUGAAAUUGGGACUACGCGUCCUUGUGCCUGGCCUCGUGCAUAACAGCUUCACGAGGAGAGGGUUACAAGAUCUAUCCGUUUUUUGGAUGUGGCUUGCGAUUGAGCAAAAGGGUGGCCAAAAGGCUUUGGAACUUGUGAUUGCAACAAUUCCUCCGAUCAUAAUCUCCACAUACUUACAGUGUUUGAUGUUCACAUUGGCUACAUCGUUCAAGCAAUCUUACUUUAGAUUUGUUACACUUACUUUGAUAACCAGACUCUUUUCUUGUGCCCCUGAGACAAUCGCAUACAACCUUCUACUUAAUUCUCUACAAGAAUGUCCGUAUGAAAAUGUCAAAGCGGCACUUGUGCAAGUUUUGAAGUCUCUUCUCAUCAAGGAUAGGGUUGAAGAAGAUCUUUCUGCGAACAUGAGUGCUUUGGGACUCGAUAAAUCAGAUCAAACUUCUGUGCCUCCCCCUUUGCCCUCUCGUGAACCUCCAAAACUGUCAAAGUACAUCAACCUCACAGAGACCAUGUUCACUGAUUUAAUUUCUCUAGUUGACACUUAUAUCGAUUCUGCUUUCAAAGAAGAUUCUUUGGAUUUGAAAGUAACGCCAACAUUGCAGGCGUACUUGAAUCUAUUGAUUGUCAUUAAGAACAAUGAAUUUGUAAAGGCUGAAGAAAUCCAAAGAAUCUGCAAGGAAUUGACUGCAAAAAUCAUCAAUGUCGCCCAGAAAUGUAAGAAUGAUCCUCAGCAGGCAAAUUCCUACAACAUGUCUGGAAUGUUAGCUGUUAGUGUAGAGAGGUUGAGUGAAAAUAAUGUUUAG